AUGUCACUGGUGGUAUUAGCUUCCCUACUGGCUGUGGCCAUUGCCCAGCCUUGCCCAGGAUGUGGCCCAACAUUCCUUCCUGGACCGCCCCCAUGCUUUGGACCAGUGUGUGGAGCUCCUCCACCACCUCCGCAGUUCUUCUUCAUGCCUCCGCAAGCAUCAGCACCGCCACAAUUUUUCUUUGCUCCGCCACCACCUCCUCCAUGUUCGGCCCCACCUUGCUUCGCUCCUCCGCCUCCGCCACCAUGUGUUGGUGUAGCUUGCGCUCCACCACCUCUUCCACCACAGGUAGUCUUCGCGCCUCCUCCUCCACCUCCGCCACCAAGGAUCAUCUUUGCACCAGCACCAGCUCCACCAUGUUUGGCUCCACCAUGUAUGGCUCCUCCUCCUCCAGCACAGUUCGUCUUUGCUCCAGCACCACCUCCACCAUGCUCCGCUCCUCCAUGUGCCCCACAACCGCAAGUAGUCUUCGCACCGCCACCGCCACCUCCACCACAGUUUGUGUAUAAUCCGCCAUGCCCUGGAUGCGCUUUGGCACCUCCGCCUCCUCCGCCGACAAUGCUCUUCGGAUCAGUGUCAUGUUGUUCAAUCACGGACUUUUCCUGCUGUGCUCGUCUAUUCCGCAAGAGACACACGGAAAAUAUGGAGAAGGUAGAGGAGAAUGUCGAGGAGAAAAUUGAGGAGAAAAUUGAGGAGAAGUCCAACGAAAAGGUAGAGGAAAUAACUUCCACCGAAAAAGUAGUGGAGAGAAAAGAUUAG